UACACGUGCAGGGUCGGGAUUGUCACCCUUGUGCACCCGUGACGAGGAGUACUGGCUCACCAAGGCGCCCCUUGUCUUCGACAUCUACGUCGAAGAGUACUCACCGCAGCGCGUCAUGCGGCAGUUUGGCCGUCACCAGGCAUUCCCCCUCGUCCCCAUCCGUACAGUCCCCUUGCACGUCCACAGGUACACGCGGAAAGGCCAGCCAGCUGGCCACCUCUGGGCGGACCGCUUGGCCCCUUACGUGGCAACAUGGGCCCAAGCGCUACAGGACGUCGUUGAUGAGGCGCGUCCCCACACCGAGGGAAACUUUAGGGAGUACCUACGGUGGUAUGUACCUCGUACGCGGACUCGUGUCACCUACACCCCUGAUGAUGUCCGGGGCCACAUCGCAUCGACAACGGAGACAUACCCGGUGCAUUGGGACGAGGACGCCGCUUUAGCAGUAAGUAAUUUUCUGAAGUCCGUACUACAUAUUGAAUGA